AUGUCUGCCGCACGCGCAAAACUCGAGGAGCUUCGGGCCCUUCGUGCCGCGGGAAAGAAGCGUCUUUCAACGUACGAGAUUGAGGAACAAGACGAUAUUUACGAGGAAGUCGAUGAUGAAGGUUACAAGAAGAUAAUCCGCAACAGACUAGACCAGGACGAUUUCGUGGUCGACGAUAACGGGGAGGGCUACGCGGACGACGGUCGAGAAGUUUGGAACGAAGCAACCGCAGAGUACAACAGCGAGAGCGACGACGACGAGUUACCCGCACGAAGCAAAGCUGCUAAAAGAAAACGGGAAGAGGAGAAGCAGAGGAAAGAGAAGAUCAACAAUGGCAUAUCGAAAUACUUUAACAGCGGGCCUGCUGCCUCUGCUCCGAAACCAAAGCCGGUUGCUACAGCUGAAGAUGAUGCUUUCAUGGCUGAUCUCCUCGGAGAAGUCGACACCAAUGUGGUUUCCAACCACAUCCCAACCAAAAAUGUGAUCAAGUCAGAGACUCGACGGAAAGUUCGCAUUCUCUCACCGCCGCUAUCUUCAAGGCAACGAAGUGGACGGAUUAGUAGGAAGGAUGAGAACAGCGAGCCGGUCUCGCCAGUCGCGCAGCAGUCAGAUCUCGAUUUCGACAACGACGACGGACCCCUCCCUUCGAUGGACGACGACGAUGUGCACAUGAGUGAUCCCAUGCCGUCAUCACCUGUCAGUAAAGCAGUCGAGCGCAAGUCCGCCAUCAACAUCAAGAAGGAAGAAUCCGACGGAGAGGACAAUGAUAUAAUGGAGGUUGCUCAAGUCACAGGACAGCAUGAAGCCAAGACAGCGAGUGUCAACAUGGCCGGAAGCCGUCCACCUCCCAAGAUCAAGAAGGAGAAUUACUCCACGCCUGCAAACUCUUCUCCAGCGAAGGCACCCGUCGAUAUUCUGGACGCUUCUUGGAAUGACGUUAGGAGUAAGUUGAACGUCUUGAGUAGCCCGGCAUCAGAAACACGAACUUUCGGCAAACUGCAUGCAGAAGAUGUGGUGGAAGAAGAUGGAAGUUUGCGAUUCUUCUGGAUCGACUACACAGAGGUCAACGGCAGCUUGUGCUUAUUCGGCAAAGUGAAGAACAAGCGGACCGAUUCCUAUGCCAGUGCAUUUGUAAAGGUCGACCAGAUUUUACGGAAGCUCUUCUUUCUUCCUCGCGAGCAUAGACACAAGCAUGGUCGGGAAACCGAUGAAGAGGUGGACAUGAAGGACGUCUAUGAAGAGGUUGAUGCGCUGAUGUCGAGGCUCAGAGUUGGGAUGCACAAGAUCAAGCCAGCGACGCGCAAAUACGCAUUUGAGAUGCCCAACAUCCCAAAGGAAACCGAGUACUUGAAACUGCUGUACCCAUACGACAAGCCAGUGUUACCCAUGGACACCAAAGGUGAAACAUUCUCACAUGUCUUCGGAACCAACACAUCUCUAUUCGAGCAGUUUGUUUUAUGGAAGAACAUCAUGGGCCCAUGUUGGCUCAAGAUUGAGGAUGCAGAUUUCUCGGCCGUUAACAAUGCAUCUUGGUGCAAGUUUGAGUGUCAAGUUACUAAACCAGUGUCGAUUACUCCAGUUCCUGACACGGAGAACUUGGAUCCUCCCCCUCUUACCCUCAUGAGUCUUGCUUUCAGAACUCAUCUCAACGUCAAGGAGAACAAGCAGGAAAUCCUAGUAGCAAGCGCAAGAGUCUAUGAGAAUGUCUCCCUUACAGACACUACACCCCCCGAGAAACUUCCUUGCAAAACAUUUACCGUCAUGCGACCUCUUGGCUCUUCAUACCCCCUUCAUUUUGAAGCCGAGACGCGAAAGCAACGGGGCACUUUUAUGCUGGAGAAGAGUGAACAAUUCCUCCUCAGCAAAUUCAUGGCUUUGUUUGAAAAGAUGGAUCCCGAUGUACUGAUGGGCCACCAACUGCAAGAAGUUGACCUUAGCAUUCUGCUUAGUCGCUUGAGGGAAAAGAAGACCCCAGGAUGGCAUCGACUUGGUAGACUCAGACGUGGCGAGUGGCCUAAGAACUUCAACAGGGGUGGGGGUUUCUUCGCCGAGAGGCACCUAAUUGCUGGAAGGCUGAUGUGCGAUGUGGCCAACGACAUGGGAAAAUCCCUCAUGAUGAAAUGUCAAUCGUGGAGUUUGACGGAAAUGUGUGAGCUCUAUCUUGGAGAGGGUAACACCCGGCAAGAGCUCGAUUCCGAGGCCGCAUUGAAGACUUGGGCUACAUCAAAAGAAGGUCUCAUGAACUUUGUGAACCAUUGUGAUGCAGAUACCUACUUCAUUGCUGCGUUGGUGUUGCGGCUUCAGAUGCUGUCGCUCACCAAGGUGCUCACUAAUAUUGCUGGCAAUUCUUGGGCCCGAACACUUAGCGGUACACGCGCUGAGCGGAAUGAGUACAUUUUGUUGCACGAAUUCCAUCGGAACAAGUACAUCUGCCCUGACAAAUACUCGUCCAAGCUGCAAAAGGUGGAGGAGAAGAACCAGGACGGUGAGGAAGACGAUGCUGCUGAUAAGAAGAAGAAAGACAAGUACAAAGGUGGUCUCGUUUUCGAGCCUGAAAAAGGGCUUUACGACAAGUUUGUCUUGGUCAUGGAUUUCAACAGUUUGUACCCUAGUAUCAUCCAAGAGUACAACAUUUGCUUUACAACAGUGGAUCGGACCGCGACGGCCGAAAACGAGAACGAAGAAAAAGUUCCCGAGGUUCCUUCCUCUGACCAAGAGCAGGGCAUUCUUCCCCGACUAAUCGCCACCCUUGUCGGCCGUCGACGUGAAGUGAAGAAGUUGAUGAAAGAUAAGCGCGCAACGCCUGAUCAACUGGCCUUAUGGGAUACGAAGCAGUUGGCUUUCAAGCUUACUGCUAACUCGAUGUACGGCUGUCUGGGUUAUACCCAGAGUCGCUUCUACGCCCGUCCCUUGGCAAUGCUCACGACAUUCAAAGGUCGUGAAAUCUUGAGGAGCACUAAGGAGCUUGCAGAGUCGAAGCAGCUCCGUGUCAUCUAUGGUGAUACCGACUCGGUUAUGAUCAACACCAACAUGGACACCAUAAGCGAUGCGCUCAAGGUCGGUGAGGAGUUCAAGAAAUCUGUCAACGAACGAUAUCGGCUCUUGGAGAUUGACAUUGAUAACAUCUUCCGCCGUCUGUUGUUGCACGCUAAGAAGAAGUAUGCUGCCGUGAACAUGACUGAGGUAGAUGGCAAAUAUGUCGAUAAACUUGAGGUCAAGGGUUUGGACAUGAAGAGACGUGAAUAUUGUGCCUUGUCGAAGGAGGUAUCGCAGAGACUUCUUAAUGAGGUUCUCUCGGGCGAGGAUCAAGAGCUGGUCCUUAACCGAGUCCACGACUAUUUGAAAGAACUGGCCGAUAAGAUGCGGGCGUAUCAAAUCCCAGUCCAGAAAUACGUCAUCUACACAAAACUUUCCAAACGUCCAGAGGAAUACCCCAACAAGGAGUCAAUGCCUCCUGCACAGGUUGCUCUACGUGAGCUCGCUCGUGGCAAGACCAUCCGACCCAACGAUGUCAUUUCAUAUAUUGUGACAAAUGGCGACGCUGAAACCUCAUCUCUUGCUCCUGCGAAGCGGUCAUAUACUCUCCAAGACGUCAUGAAGCCCGAGUCUGGACUCAAGCCUGAUAUUGAGUUUUAUCUCCUUAAACAGAUUUUCCCUCCGAUUGAACGUCUCUGUGCGCCUAUCCCAGGAACUGAUGCUGUUCGAUUAGCAGAAUGUCUGGGACUUGAUGUUCGCAAGUAUCAGAUUAAUACAUCCAGCACAAGCAAUCAACAGAACGCAGAGAUUUUCCCACUAGAAUCACAGAUUCCAGAUUCAGUGCGUUUCGAGAAUGCCGCUCGCUUGACACUGACAUGCCGGUUCUGCAAAGAAAAGUCAAUUUUCGAGGGGUUGGUGGCUUCCACUCACAUGUGUACCGCCAACGGCAUCAUUUGUCCCAACCAGGCAUGCCAGAAGCCUUUCACUGUUCUGACGAUCGUUGCACAACUGGAGAGUCAGAUUCGGGCUCAAACCUCAAAGUACUACGAGGGCUGGCUGGUCUGUGAUGAUUCAGCAUGCGGUAACCGGACGCGGCAAAUGAGUGUCUAUGGACAUCGGUGCCUUGGUCCUCGCGGCCGCGCAGAAGGCUGCUUGGGACGUAUGUCCUAUGAGUACACAGAAAAGCAGAUGUACAAUCAGCUGCUCUAUUUUGCAGGUCUCUGGGAUGUGGACAAGGCCAAAUCCAAUGCUCAGAGAGAGUCCGGUGAAAAGAAAGACAGCAUUGCGGCGCUGGUGGAAUUCAACCGUACUCGAUUCGGUACCGUUAAAGAUGUUGUGGACAGCUAUCUGAAGAAAUGUGGUCGUCAAUGGGUUGAGAUGGAUUCGCUAUUCCGCUUCAUGCUGCCAUAA